AUGGAUUAUUCUUGGAUUAAAGUGUCUCCUAGCUUAAGCAAAGGAAUAUCAAUUGUGAACUCAUUGGAUGAAGACAAAUAUGAACAGUAUCUGAGUCGAAUUGUCACAAAGUUGAAAAACCAAGAAUCUGAUCAUAUUUUUACUGAAGAAGAGAAGAAAAAGUUGCAAAAAAUAUUUCAAGUUGAUGCAGACUCUCUCACACUAGCAACAAAGACUACUGUUUACAUAUUUAAAAAGAUUUUAAAAUACAUUUUUAUGCCCAUAAAUUUAAAAAGAGAUUUAUUAAAUAUAGGUCUUAAUGGGCAGAAAACAGAUCUUUUCAUAAAACUCUGGUCUACGGAAACAAGCUCCACACUUGGUGAAUUAACAGCUGAUAAAGACUACUUUGAAGACAAUCCUAACUUUUCAUGGAAACUUAAUGCUGAAAUCAGUUCAGGUUACCAUAAAAAAUGUAAAGUUCCAAAGGCUUAUUGGACCGUGUCUGGUAAAAGGGAUUUGGAGGUUGAAUUGACACAUGCUGAACUUCAAUCAAUUUUUCUCCAAAUUGAAUCGAUCCAACACGAAUUUGAUAAUUUAAUUUUACCAUAG